AAACAAUAACCGAAAUAUAUGACAAGUGUGGAGAGAAAGAAGUUAGUAGCGAAAGUGCGGCUAGCGUCGGAGGUGGGCAAGCCUAGCGGUGUAUUGUGGGAGAGACAGAAGCUACAGACCAGAGGCACACAAUAUGUGUUGGCUCUCGCCGAAAAGGAGGCAGUAUUCUUCAAGCUAAAUCAUGUAAUGUAAGCGGCGAAAGGAAAGCGAUUUCGUCUUUUCAUCAAUUAAAGGAAAUCUCUCGAUCGGACGAACCAUGUCCAAGUCAGGGGAUAGAUACAGAUUGAACGAAGACCAUGGCAGAAAGCAGAGUUCAAGUUUGGCGAACGGCAUGGACAGUCAUCCCGUCUGCGCCCCGGCGGAGAAACGGAAUCACCACUGGAGAAGUUACAAGUUGAUCAUCGACCCAGCGCUGAAGAAGGGGUCGCACAAACUCUAUCGCUACGAUGGACAGACUUUCAGCAUGCCCAACCCCGGGAUGCCGCCGGUGGACAUCGUCCGGGACCCGAGAAUCGGUCGUCUCUGGACCAAGUACAAGGAGACGGACCUGCCGGUGCCGAAGUUUAAGAUCGAUGAUUGUUAUAUCGGCCCCGUGCCUCCGAAGGAGGUGACGUUCGCCCGACUGAACGACAACAUCAGGGAGGGAUUUCUUACCGACAUGUGCAAAAAAUUCGGGGACAUCGAGGAGGUCGAGAUCUUGUACAACCCUAAGAACAAGAAGCACCUGGGAAUAGCCAAAGUUGUUUUCGAGAGCGUGAAAGCCGCCAAGGUGGCGGUGCAGUCGCUCCACAACACGUCUGUUAUGGGAAACAUCAUCCACGUGGAGCUGGACCCAAAAGGUGAGAAUCGCCUCCGGUACUACCAGCUCCUGAUGAAUGGCAGCUACACUCCGCGGACCCUGCCUGUUGGUGGAGAGGAAGCCAGGGAAGUCUCCCCUCGAAGUCUGGCAAAAGCCUUAGAGGCCUGCGCGUCCAUCCGCCGACUAUCAGAGAGCAGCGUGUCUGCUGUGGGAGCGACGCUGCCUCCCAGUAGCUCCACCACUCCUCUGUCGCAGGAGACGGGCUACUCCAGCCUCAGGCAGGACACCCCUCAGUCCCAGGGAACCCCCCAUACUCCCCACCAGGCAGGGACGCCUUUCUCCCAAGACUCCAGCUAUUCCAGCCGGCAGUCUACGCCUGCGUACCAGUCCGGCCGGCCGGAGAGCUCUGGAGGUUACAAGCCCCGGAGGCACGAGAGCAAGUUCCAGGAUGCGUACAACCGCAGGCCGGAGCGGCCGCAGUACCGCAGCAUGUACCGCAGUACGAUUCCCGAACAGGCUCCCGUCAAACCGCACCAGGUCACGCCGCCCGAACCGCCCCCCUCCACCUCCUCCUUCGCCUACGCCGCGCCUCCUCCCGCCACCCCCAACUUCAAGUCUGCCUUCUCGCCCUACCAGACCCCUCUGCCCCCCGCGUUCCCCCCGUCGGAGCCCGCCUUCCAUCACCCAGCCCAAAGGGAUGGCGAGUACCUCCGACCGCCGCAGCCGCCCCUGGCAGCUGCCACUGACUUUCUGCCCGUCAAAGACCGACCAGAGACUCCCCCCAUCCCCGAACCCCCGCCCGAGCCCCAUCCAACGACCCCUCCUCCUCAGACGCCCGAGCGCUGCCCUUCGCCCGGCUCCCCCGCUCUGGACCCAGAGCGCAACAGCCUGGAUUCCCGCAUCGAGAUGCUCCUCAAGGAGAAAAGGACAAAACUGCUGCCGUUCCUCGAGGAGCGGGACUCGGACACUGAGGUGCGAAUGGAGGGAAGUCCCAUUUCCUCCUCGUCCUCUCAGCUUUCCCCAAUCCCCCCUUACACGAGCGGCUCCCAGGGCGGCCAGCAGAACUCCCGGCCCCCCAGCACGGGCCUGGAGGACAUCAGUCCGACCCCACUGCCGGACUCGGAGGACGAGGAGCCGAUCCCUGGAACCGCCUCUCAGGUCAACAGAGUCAGCCCUACUGUCCACGAGAAGACAAACAGUGACCUCAAAGGUCAGAGCCCCACUGAAAAAAUGGACACGGGCCAUCAGUCGUCAGGAGAAGACAUGGAGAUCUCUGACGACGAGAUGCCCGGGACGCCAAUCACCAGUGGAGAAUGUGGCAAGGGCAUCGUGGUCAACUCAGCCGUGUCCCCCAUGCAGACCAUUCCCAUGCCCCCUCCCGGCUUCCCCCCGCUGCCGCAUCAGGCCGGCUUCCCCAUCCCGCACCCCCACCUGGGCCCCCACUCCACCAUGCCCGCCCAUCUAGCCGCCCAUCACGGAGUGCCUCCACACAUGCUGCCGCACAUGAGCCCCUACGCUCAUGGUAUGAUGCCCAUGAUGCAGAUAGAGCUGAUGAACUGCUUGCGGUGGGAACAGUGGAGCACGGUUCCCAUGUCGUUCCAGAUGCAGCAGCAGAUGCUGAGCCGCAUGGCUCAGUCUUAUCCGUACCCGCAUUUCAUGGACAGCGCGUCCGGGCCGUUCGGCGGCCCUUACCCUCCUCUGUCUAUGGGCGCCAUGCCUGCAGGUGCCGGGGCACAUGGGCAACAUUGGCAGCAUCCCAGUAUACCAAAGUUCAACCCGACGGUUCCUCCUCCUGGGUACGACACUAAAAAGGAGGAUCCGCACAAGGCGACUGUUGACGGCGUCCUGCUGGUCAUCGUCAAGGAACUAAAGGCCAUCAUGAAGAGGGACCUCAACCGCAAGAUGGUGGAGGUGGUGGCGUUUAGAGCCUUUGAUGAAUGGUGGGAAAAGAAGGAACGCUCGGCAAAGGCGUCUUUGACCCCAGUGAAAGGUGCAGAGGGGAAAGAGGAAGACAAACCCAAACCGCUCAUUUGUCCGGGUCUGGAGAACUGGAACAAGGUCGAGGGACUGGGCUACGAGGGAAUGGGCCUGGGAAUCGGCUUGCGAGGAGCCAUCCGCCUGCCCUCCUUCAAGGUGAAAAGGAAGGAUCCACCUGAGGCGGCAGCAGCGAGUGACACCAAACGGGCCCGACCGUCCACCCCUGUGGACGACGAGCUGGAGGACGAAGACCGAGAUCGAGACCCAGCUGAGCUCCCCUCGGAUGACUCCAAAAUGGACAGCGACAGCAUGUCUGCGAAGCGACGCCACUCACGCCCGCCAGAACUGGACAGCGAGGGAGAGGAGGAGGUGGACACGUCAGGGAAGGAGGAGGAGUCCCUGUCGGACAGAGAGGAGGAGCGCGAGGACGCGGAGGCUGCGGACAGGCUGUCGUCUGACAAAGAAAGCGAGGGAGACUCGUCCAGUGAGAGCUCGUCUUCAGAUUCAUCUGAUGACGAGGCAGAAAGUUCGGCGUCCUCCAAAGCGAGCUCCGGCUCCUCCGCUGGGAGCGACGACUCCUCCGAGUACGAGUUAAGCUCGGAGGAGGACGAAAGUGACGGGGAGGAGGAGAAGGCGGUGGCUGCGGUCCUGGAGGACGAGCGCAGAGGAGCUGAAACAUCGUUGUCAUCUUCAUCCUCUUCGUCGUCGUCCUCCUCCUCCUCCUCUUCUGAUGAAGAGGCGGAGCCGGACGCUGCAUCGCCGAGCCCUGUGGGACUGGAGGAUGCUCUCAAACGUAGACCACCAAGCUCCAAGGAGGCGACUGAAGACCUGAAGCCGCCGUCGCCCGAAGGCAUCGCAGAGCGAGACGUCACUGUGAACAGCAACAUUCCUGUGGUGAAGUCGGAGCCCCAGGAGCACGCUGCCGGCCUUCGGCCUCCCACUCCCACAGGAGCCCUGCCUGACAGCGACCAGGAGGCGAAAGCCAAAGGUAAAGGAGAGCCCGAGGAAGUAGCCCGCGCCCCCGGCCACUCGCUCCCGUCGCCGCUAGAUCCUAACGCUGCUGUUCCCAAACCCGCCUCUGCCUCCUCAAUGCACCUGCCUCUCCCUACUCACCCGGCGAUAGAAGGCCGCUCCCUCCUUCACCCGCCCCCCGGGCCCCUAGCCAACGUCCCCCAGCGGGCGCGGCUCCCCACAGACGAGGACGUACCGCGCACGCCGGGCAGGGAUCUGCUGGAGCGCGCCAAGUCCCAGAGCACCGACACGGUCCCCAACACCCCAGGUAGCGACGCUCCUCUCACGGGCAGCAGCCUGUUGCUUAGCUCCCCUCACAUCCCCGGUAGCCCCUUCUCGUAUCCUGCUCAGUCUCCUGUUCUUAGCGCUGGAAUCCCACGCACUCCAGGAAGAGACUUAACCUUCACCCCUGUGUUCCCUGACCCCACAGCGCUGACUCUUAACAGGAAAGUAUCCUCCGAGAGUCUGGGCGACCGGUCCGUUUUUAAGGAGCCGCCCGUCAGCGCGCUGCCUGACCAGGCCCUGUCAGCCGGCACAGAGGACUCGGCCAGCGUCCCUGGAGACCUGCCCGCGGGCCUCACCGCGGACCUCCACGUGCCAUCAGACUCUGCCGCGUCAAAGAAGAAGCCCGGGCGGCCUAAAACCAAAAAGAUCCCGGCGGCUGCGGAGUCUCUGGAGGUCUCGGUCGAGUCCACCACUCCGUCUCACGACUCGCGUCUCAGAGGCGUUUCCAUACAAAAGCUGUCUGAGCCGGAGCCUCAGACGGUGCUGCCCGCGGAAGACGGCUUCCAGUCGUACGAAGACGAGGCGCCGGUGGCCGUGAAGCCGGUGAGGAGGGCGCGGCGGAACUGGGAGGAGAUGCUGCUGGACAGCCUGUCCCCUGUCACCACGCCUCCACGCUCGUACUACAAACCGCGGUCGGACUUCGAGGAGAUGACCAUCCUCUACGACAUCUGGAACGAGGGCAUCGAUGAGGAGGACAUUCACCUUCUGCAGAUCACGUACGACAAGAUGCUUCUGCAGGACAAUGGCAACGACUGGCUCAACGACACACUCUGGGUCAACCAUCCUCCUACCAACAUCCCAGGAGUGAAGAAGAAGAGGAGAGACGACGGCAUGAGAGACCACAUGACCGGCUGCGCCAGGAGCGAGGGAUACUACAAGAUCGACAAGAAGGACAAGAUCAAGUACCUGCAGAGCACACGGCUGCAGUCGGAGGAGCCGCCGGUGGACACGCAGGGCAUGAGCAUCCCCGCGCAGGUGCACGCCUCGACCAGGGCCGGCUCGGAGCGGCGCUCGGAGCAGCGGCGGUUGCUCUCGUCGUUCGCAUGCGACAGCGACCUGCUGAAGUUCAACCAGCUGAAGUUCCGUAAGAAGAAGAUCAGAUUCUGCAAGUCGCACAUCCACGACUGGGGUCUGUUUGCCAUGGAGCCCAUCGCUGCUGAUGAGAUGGUGAUUGAGUAUGUGGGACAGAACAUCAGACAGGUGAUCGCCGACAUGCGGGAGAAGCGCUACGAGGAGGAAGGCAUCGGCAGCAGCUACAUGUUCCGCGUUGACCACGACACCAUCAUAGACGCCACCAAAUGCGGCAACUUUGCCCGCUUCAUCAACCACAGCUGCAACCCUAAUUGUUAUGCGAAGGUCAUCACAGUGGAGUCUCAGAAGAAGAUCGUGAUCUACUCCCGGCAGCCCAUCAACGUCAACGAGGAGAUCACGUACGACUACAAGUUCCCCAUCGAGGACGAGAAGAUCCCCUGUUUGUGUGGGGCCGAGAACUGCAGGGGAACGUUGAACUAACAGCACCCCGGGGGCCGAACGCCCGGCGAGGAGGAGCGAGGGGGCGCAGCCUGCAAGUCGACCGGUGCAGCACUCUACACACAUUAAACUCUAGAUUGUUUACGAUUUAUGGUGCUCUCGAGAUGAAAAACGCAUCGUUUUUUUUAUGUUUGCCAGUGACCCAGUGAAUUUACAAAACACUUGACUUGCUGGUGCAGUAGAACCCCCCCCACCAGGCAUCAAACAGUAUUUCAGUGCGAUUCCUUCCACCAACAGUCACAGUUUGUGCAGUUUUACACCCCCAGCCCCUCAUAAGUCUCAUAAGCUUUACGUACACCACACCGGGUACCAGACGACAUAAACGCACAUGAUUAGCUGCUCACUAAAACUUUGAGAUGCACAAGCCCACUGGGAAAAGGCCUCCCUGUGGGAACAGACGUGGUCAGAGCCAGGGGGGCGGACGCCCGCUUAGCACCCAGCAGCAGCGAGCGGGGCGACGGCAGACCCCAGCGCUGCCUCCGCGGCAACGCAAGCAACACAAAUGGUUUAUGCAAAAGCUGAAGUGGGCGUGCAUCAUUUGUAUUCAACCAUAUUUCAAUGUUCUCCAGUUCCGCUAAGGUGAUUCUUUACUUGCGUGUUUUUUUCAAAGACACUAUGUGUGUGUGUGUGUGUGUGUGUGUGUGUGCGUGCGUGCGUGCACGUGUGCGUGUGUGGAAGGGCUUCUGAUUGAGGGUAUUUAUCAUCACAUCUCAGUGUUUGUGUGCAUGUGGAAGCGAUGAUGUGAGUGCACUGCCCCCUGGAGGUCACAGAGCAGAAGGCCAGCAAUCGGUCGGUCCUGGUUCUGACUCGUCUGCAUCGGGGCAACACGGAGGACAGAACCGUGCCAUAUGAAUGUGUAGCUGUCGGCGCCCGACCCGAGCAGACAGGCGACACACAAGUGUUGCAUCAGAGCAACGUUCCCUGAACAGAACCACCGUCUGGUUCUCUUUUCUCUCACUCGUGGACCUGGGAUGACGUUUGUUUACCUUCAGCUGCCUCCCGUUCUCUCUCUUCUCCACUGGUUUAUUUAGCGGGUCGAACGUUUGCUACGAGAUGACAGUGUUUCCACAACCCAGCAGAUCGGUCCACGGUAGUGCGGGGGUUGUUGUGUCUCUGUCCCUACUAAGAUGAAUACUUAUGAAUGCAUUCAAGGCCUGCACUUCUGCUUCUCAGCCAGUCGCCCCCCUUUUCUCUCUAAGCUCUUAAAGACCAAGUCAGUAACUGCUAUUCAUUCAGUUGGAUCCUCGUUUCAACGUCAAUGUGUAACUUGUAAAUGAUGACUUGUACAGAAGAUCUAAAAUUUUUUAUCUUCACAGGGGAAACACUUUUAAGAUGCAUCUCUCUCGCUCUUUUUUUAAGCAAAAGACUGAGUAUUUAAAACUAUUUUCAGGGAUCUGUAAAAGGAAUCUGAGGGGUCAGAAGCUUGUUUAUUUAAAUAAAAGGUCCACUGUGUACAGGAAAAUUCUCCACUUCCCUUUUUGAAAGAUUGUUUCUUGUAGAAACGUCUUGAUUUUCAGCCCAUUUGCUUUGUAAUGUGUAAAUACUGUAACUGUGAAUACUAUAUAAAUAUAUAUAUUUUUGUUCCCUGGGAUUUGCUACGAGCUCAGAGGUCUAUGUAACAUGAGGCGAGUGGUGAGCUGGUAGCAGGAAAUUCAGCUUGUGUCAAGCUUUUUUUAUUUUCUGUUGUAAAAUCUAUGAGAAGUUGUUUGCGAUGUGGAAAAAAAAUGAAAAGGUGCAGAAUCGGCACGGGAGCAGGAAUGAAGCCUCAGCCCGUCUCCCGUGUCUAUUUAUUACACGACAAAUGUAUGAAAAAGGAAAAAUGGAAAUAAAGCAAUUUUUUGCAUAAA